AUGUCCGGGCAGCUCUCUGCAGUGGCCUUGCUCUUCCUGUCCCUAGCUGUAAUUUUACAUGGCCAUCAAGUAAGAGAAAAAGAAUUUACAAAAACCAGAGACUAUCUUCAAUAUACCUCAACAGCAACAGGACAGACCACAACAAAACCUCUUCUACAGCUGACUAACCAAACACAUGUAACUUUAGCAGCGAGAUCAAGGGAUGAUCACAUUCAAAUGGCUGCUGAAACCUCCACCUCUGAAAACACAGAUCACACAACAAUCAAAACAAUAAUCCCAGGAACUACAAAAAGCCUUCUCCCCAUCAGACCAGUUAGCUACACCUUUGUCACACCUAAUAACUCACACAUGACUGCUUCAUCUACUGAAGUUACCACUGGCCCUGGUUCAGUGGCACAUUUACCAAUUCACACAACUGGAGCGAGUCCAUCCACUGUCAACCAGAUAAGUGGGAGAACUCCCAAACCUGGUGGUCAGACCUCCCUCUUCCAAACAUUUUUCACAGCAUCACACAAAAGCACAACCAAUCAGAAGCCAACACCACCCACCUAUGUCCCAGGAACAUCAGCACCUACACACAAGGACAGCUCAUCAACAUCCCCUGCCCCCAUGGUUCCUGGGCCCACUCUUGCAACCCGGUCAUCACCAGCCAAGACUGGAACUUAUGAAGUCCUAAAUGGAAGCAGUCUCUGUAUAAAAGCAGAGAUGGGGAUAGAGCUGAUCAUUCAAGAAAAGGAUUUGGAUUUUGCAACUCAGAGACACUUCAACAUUGACCCCAGCCUAACCCAUGCAUCUGGGAAAUGUGGCUUCCAAAAAUCCCACCUCUUCUUGGAUUUCCAGGGUGGAUCAGUAAACAUCACAUUUAUCAAGGAAGAAAACUCAUAUUAUAUCAGUGAAGUGGGAGCCUAUUUGACUAUCUCAAAUACAGAGAAGACUUACCAGGGAAUGAAGCGUGCUAUGAUGAUGUUUGAGACAGUAGUCGGGCAUUCCUCCAAGUGUGUGACUGAGCAGAGCCUCCAGCUGUCAGCUCAGCUUCAAAUGAAAACAAUAAACAUUCGUCUCCAAGCCUUCGAGUUUGAAGGAGACCGCUUUGGAAAUGUGGAUGAGUGCUUGUCUGACUACACAGUUGUGCUUCCUGUGGUCGGGGCCAUCGUGGUCAUCCUCUGUGUUGUGGGUCUGGGUGUCUACAAAAUCCGGCAAAGAUAUCAGUCAUCUGGAUACCAGAGAAUCUAA